AUGUGGUCUUAUCCCAAAGAGCUGAAAGACCGUCAGCGCCAACUUUACUUCCAAGAGUUAGUUGGAAAACCUGCAGUUGAUGCCAACGACUGGAAGAUAAUAUUUGAUGAGGAUGAGAGACAGAGGAACUUCCCGCAGCACAUUGCAGCUACACCACUAAGACCUGAUGUAGUGAUCUAUUCAGAUAAAGCAAAGAAGGUUUAUCUAAUGGAGCUGACUUGUGGAAAUGAGCAGAACUUUGCUGAUCAAGAGAAGCGAAAGAUGAAGAGAUAUCAGCAGCUGACAGAAGAGAUAGAAGCCAACGGAUGGGCUUGCAAGCUCCAGACAGUAGAAGUGGGAGCUCGAGGCAUUUACAACUAUAGCCUCCCAACCUUUAUGAACCACCUGAACGUAAACAACAAAGAGAAGAAGAAGGCCUGCAUGAAGAUCGCUGAGAUCAGCCUGAGGGCAUCGUGGGACAAGAUUGAUCAAGACCUCGGUCUAAUUGGUCUCCAGUUCACUACACACAGCGACCCUAUUAAGGGUUUGGAGUUACUUGAGAACACCACCUAUGACUACCUCGAGUUGAUAUGCGAAGUUGGUUCAACAAACAUUAUACCAUCGAAGAAAAAACCGAGACUUGAUGCUGAGUGCAGACAGUUGAGGGAAAUGAAGAAAGAGAGUAGAAAGGAAUGGAAGAGAGUAUGUGACUCGAAUGAUGAUGAACAGGUUAAAAGACAGAAGAUUUCUUACCUGAAACUAGUACGACUUCAUAACAAAGCAAGAAAGACCGCCCAGAAGAAAGAAAGGAAAAAGAUGAAAGAGAAUAGCUCCAAACUCUUUAGAAGAAACCCUUAUGAGUAUGGUAAGAAACUGCUCACGAAGGAAGAAACUAAAGAUAAAGAGCCUGAGUUCGACAGUGAAGAAGCAUCUAAGUUCUUUGAAAAGGAGUACAAAGAUGAUGACCGAGAGCGUGACUAUGUAAACCCCACAGGACUGAAAGACCUUGACAAACCUAAUUGGAUCUGCAGUACAGCGCCACCCACAUGGGAUGAAUUCCACCUAAAGCUUAAGUCAAGGAGAAAUAAGUCAGCACCUGGGUCAAAUGGUGUCAACUACCUGAUCUACAAGAAGUGUCGAACUUUCAGUCACCAUCUACACCAUCUGAUAUGCAGGAUUUGGAAAACAGGAGUUGUCCCCCCACAGUGGAAGGUGGGAGUGAGUACAUUAAUUCCUAAAACGGAUGAUCUAAAAGAUCCUGGCAAGUUCCGUAACAUCACACUCCAAAACUGUAGCGGGAAGCUGUUCUUUGCCAUCUGGGGAGACCGUGUACUUGAGCACAUGACACGAAAUCUGUUCAUUGACACCUCAGUACAGAAAGGUUUCAUGAAGAAAACCCCUGGUUGCUUAGAACACACUCAAGCCCUCCUUGAAGAGAUUAAAGAUGCUAAAAGCCACAGAAGACAAGUCCACGUCAUCUGGAUUGACCUUAUGAAUGCGUAUGGGAGAGUCCCGCACAGCCUUAUUAUUUAUGCCCUACGCCGGUACCACCUACCUGAAAGCUUCAUUAAGCUUAUAAUAGAGUAUUAUGGAAGCCUCAGUGUCCUAGUUAAGUGCAGGAAAUGGACAUCCAGAACAUUCUGGUAUGAGCUAGGCCUGUUCCAGGGAGACCCACUGUCCGUGAUCCUGUUCCUUAUAGUAUUCAACAUCCUACUGGAACUUCUAGCUGUACUGUGCAGUCAAGUUGGGUAUGAGCCAAGCUUCAGUGAUAGCAAGACCUCAAAGAAAGCAUUUGCUGAUGACCUAACCCUGUUGUCGAAGAGCGAGAAGGAGAUGAAGAAGAUGUUGAAGGUAGUAGAAGAGUUCCUGGACUGGUCGAAGAAAAUGAAGGCUAAACCAUCGAAGUGCCUGUCUAUGUCUAUGAAGUGUACUGGAGGAAAGUACAAUACCUAUGAUGCAGAGUUUGUACUAAGCGAACAACAGGUGCCGUCCAUUAUCCAAGCACCAAUGAAGUUCCUAGGAAUGUACAUGUAUGUAGAUCUUGAGGUAAAGGAAAUUCGGUCCAUGAUUAAGAAGAAGUUAGAGGACCUUUUGGAAACAACGUCUAAUGAUGAAAUCACCGGUCCAAUGAAGGCGUGGGUGUAUAACAACCUCAUCAUUAGUAAGAUGUCAUGGGGGUUUACUGUUUAUAACCUACCCAUCACAUUUGUGAGAGAGCUUGAGGCACUGUGUAACAGAUACCUUAAGAAGUGGCUAGGGACUGCGCAUCCUUGUACCACCACCGUCCUCUACAGGAGUAGAGACCAGAAAGGAUUGCAGCUGAAAAACAUCUGCACUGAGUACAAAGUCAUCCAACUUAUUAAGGGACACCAACUUUGUAACUCAAGUGACCCCUACAUCAAAAAAGUGUACUCUAACCAUAAGGCUAUUGCAGACACACAGAAGAUGUGGUCUUAUCCCAAAGAGCUGAAAGACCGUCAGCGCCAACUUUACUUCAAAGAGUUAGUUGGAAAACCUGCAGUUGGUACAACUGGCCUCGGGUAUGGGACAAGAUAUGAGGACACAUCAGAGAGGAAACUGCUAACCAACAUGGUGAGGACCUUUGAUGAAGAGACACUUAUUUGUUCACUUUUUGACAAAAAGCGGCAAAACCUCUUUCUCACAUGGGAAAAUACAAUGACAUUUGACACCACGUGGAAUAACUUGAUCUAUCAACUUAGUCCGGAACUGUUAAAGUUUCAUGUCAAUGCUAUUCAUGACACUGCGUCAACACCUAGCAACCUAAAGCUUUGGAAUAAAGCCGUUUCAGGAAACUGUAAACUCUGCAGCAAACAAGGGACACUCAAUCAUAUCCUGACGUUCUGCAAGGUUGCACUAAGACAGGGACGUUUCAACUGGCGCCAUGAUCAGGUCCUACGUGAAAUCAUGAAGACUGUUUCAUCACAGAUUGAAGAGUUUAAUUCCGACAUCGCCAAGGAAUCGAAGAGGGCACCGUCGGUCUUUCACAAGGCAGGCAAUAAGCGCGAGAAGGUUACCUUAGCUGACCCAACUCAUCAUAAGACCCAAAGAUAUUUCUUUUCAGAUGCCAACGACUGGAAGAUAAUAUUUGAUGAGGAUGAGAGACAGAGGAACUUCCCGCAGCACAUUGCAGCUACACCACUAAGACCUGAUGUAGUGAUCUAUUCAGAUAAAGCAAAGAAGGUUUAUCUAAUGGAGCUGACUUGUGGAAAUGAGCAGAACUUUGCUGAUCAAGAGAAGCGAAAGAUGAAGAGAUAUCAGCAGCUGACAGAAGAGAUAGAAGCCAACGGAUGGGCUUGCAAGCUCCAGACAGUAGAAGUGGGAGCUUGA